AUGAAAAACCCAAUUGUCGUUCAACUUAUAUUUUUAGGAAUAAUACCGAAUGACGAAGAGGAAUUUUUUGAGAAUCCAGAAGUUUUUUUAAAAACAAAUUUCGAGAAAAAUGGUUAUGAUUUUUUUCCUUUGUAAAAAAAACAAAACAAUCAAGGAAUCAAUGUGAAAAGAUUAAAAAACUAUAUUGAAAAGAAAAAGGAAAUAAAAGAAAUAGAAGAAGUUUCAGAAUUAAUUAUCAGUAAAUAAAUGUUUUAUAAUCUAGUGUUCUACGAUUACUUGAUUAAUUAAUUCAUCUAAAUAUCUAACUUAAGUGAUAAUAAUGGUUUCAUUAUGCUUGAGAGUAAUGGAUAAUUUUUUUAUAAUCAUAAGUGCUAUUGUUUACCAUUGAUUAUUAAAUUAAAGAUGAAAAUUUAUUAUCAUGAAUUUCAAAAUAAGUAAAUGGAAUAAUUCAAAUAGAUUUAAAAAUUAUAAGAAAUUCAAUAAAAUUAUCAAAAACAGUUAGAAGAAAUUAAAGAAAAAUACAGUGAAUAUAAAAAAGGAAAAAAAUAUCCGCAUGGUUAGAUAGAUAUUGCUAUUUUGUAUAGUAAUCCAAUUUUAAAAAAUAAAAAUAACCCUUAUGACUCAGUUGACUAUUAUGAUGAAAUAGAGGAAUUUAAAAAAGCAGGAGAUAAGUUAAAUGUAAAAGUUAGAUAUCUAAUUACUCAAGCAAAUCUAUAAAAUUUGAAAGACGUUUUGAGUUGCAAUCCAACUCCAAAAAUUAUUCACAUCACAUGUCACGGUGAAAAUGAUGAAUCAAACUAACAUUUAGGUUUUGAGGGGAAUGGUUUAUUGUAGGAACUCCACACAUUGAAAUUUAGUGAACAAUUUGAAAAAUAGAAUGGACUGAAACUAAUAUUAUUAUCCUGUUGUCAUGGUCAAGCAUUUGCAGAUUAAACUUAAAAAUAUGCAAUAACAAUUGCAGUUAAAACAUAAGAAUUAAAAAUGGAAGAGGAGGCAAGUAAAAAUUACUUCUCGUCUUUAUACGAACAUUUAUUGAAAAACAAAACUAUACGUGAAAGUCAUGAAUGUGCCAAGAAAUUUGUGAAAGACCAACUUAAGGAUAAAAAUAAUUAAUGUUGUUGUAGUCAUUCUCAUCAUAAUUGCUUAUUUUAAAAUAAAGACUAAAAGAAAUAUUGUUUUUUUUGUGAGCGAAAAUAAUCAUGUUAAUGCAAAUCUGAGUUGAUAAAAGAUAAAAUAUAGCAUUUGAGUGGUUGUAAAAUAAUAGACGCUUUGAAAGUUCAUUUGAAAAAUGAAUAAUAAAAAAAAGCAUUACAUAAACUAUUAGAAAAUAAAGAGAUUAUAAGGGCAUGUUGUUGUGAACUGUCAAAAUAAUUAAAUGGUGAAAAUGAUGAAAUAUAUGAAAUUGAACAUACUGAAUCAGAAAAAUUUCAAAUUUUUCGAGGCAAAAAUGAUGACGAAUAAAAGGUUUUUGAAGACAUUCAACUUGGCAAACUGGAUGAAAUUUGUUAAAAAGAUUGGAAAUUCAAAUGGGAUGAAAAACUAUUUAUUUGUUGCAAAUAAUAAGCUUUCAAAAUAUAUUAAUGGUUAGAGAAAUAAUUUGCUCAAAUGAAUUAAAUAAAUUAAAUAACAUAAAUUACUCAUAAUUAAAAAAUAGAUUAUUUUGUGGUCGAAUUUGCAAAAUAAGUUGCAUUAUAUUUUUAAGUAAUAUAUUUGAAUUCAUGUUGUAGUAUAGAUACCUGAAAUUCAGCGAACAUAAUAAAUUUAAGAACAUUGAAAUUAUCGAAAAAUAAUUUGAAAGAAUAUAAGAACUACCUAACAAAUAAUUCGAAAAAGAAGUUGGCUACAUUUUUAUAAUUUACGAAAUUAAUAAUGAACUCACUCAAGAAAACUUAAACCUAUUAUAAGAUCUUCAGGGAAAAGUAAUUCUUAUUUUAAAAUCAUCUUUGAAAUUGACAAAAGUGCAUCUUAAACAUCUUAAAGAGGAAUUGACAAAAGUCAAUUUUAAAGAUAAUGGAUUAUUUAAAAAAAUAAAAAAGAGAUAUGAUGAAAAAAUUGUAGAUUUAAAUGGUAAAAAAAUUGCUAUAAAUUCUCUAAGCAUUGAAGAGUUCGAGAAUUUAUUUAUUUAAUGA